AAUUAUAGAAGCAAUAUUAUCGACUCCUUCCACUAUACCAUCAUCGCUUCCACUGCAAUUAAUCAAAUCGGCUGUAGAAGCUGUAGCUUGACUCUCCCUACUCUCCUGACUCAAAUAAGUCGAAACUGUAUCCAAACUCGGCCUCCUGCCUGAUUUUGUGCUGCUACUAUCAGCAUCCAAUAAAGUGCGGUUUUCCAACUGAUUAGCUGCGGCAGUUGCAUUAUUAUUACUAGUAGAUUUAUGCCCAAAAAUAUUCAAGUUGCUCAAUAUAACUCUGGCCAAAUUAGUAGGUGUAUCAUUACUAGUUUUUGUUGUUUUAGAAGACUUUUUUUUGUUGCUGUUUUUUUUGUUGGAGUCAGAAUUUAGUGCUGCACUUGUGCCUAUAACUUUAGCCGCUUGAUUAGCUUGCGGGUAGGUUUUUCUCAAGUCAGCAUUUCUUCUGCCAGUUACCGGAGCCAGUUCCUCUAGCCUGACUUUAACCAGAGGAUAAGGGGCUUGUUUGAUUCGCCUCACACUUCUAACGUAACCGUUUGCCAGCCACAUUUGAGUCAAAUUGCUAAAGUUAAUUACAUAAGGAAAGCCUAAAUGCGUUUUACUCAUGUCAAUGGUUUGGUCUCCUUUGGCCCAAGCUUCUUCUAUUAAGCAUUGAAUAUCCAUGUCGAAAGCGUGCCAGUCGUGAUCCGAUCCUACACACUCCCAUUUGGCCCCUUUUCCUGCGGGAGACGAGGGCGGGUAACAUUUUCUACGAACAGGAACCGCUAUUUCUGAGUAUUCCAAUUCCUGAGUCAAAGUCCUCAGGUUUACGUAGUAGUUUUGCAACGUAGGGUCAGCAUCUGACAGGAUGACUCUGGUCAGUUGUUUGGCGUUGGCCCUUUCCAAAUGCUGACUUACUUCGGGAGUGUAGGGCUUCCAAUAUCCGGUUCGUAUUUCGUAUUCCCAUACAACCACUGCAUGACCAGACAUUUUUCUAUAGCUUUGUAAAAGGGUGGAAAUAAUUUAUUUGUCAAUCAUUUUUGGGUUGAGGUAAGGAGCACUGCACUGAUUUUUUUAUUUAGUGGCUACGGGGAGCCGCAGAUUAAUUUAUUUUGAUUAAUUUGACUUCAUUUUUCAGCACAGGGUUAAAUUAAUUUAUUUUUGUUUACUUUGGGUUUUUUUUUGAGGACGUCAUGUCAUGGCCGCGAGUGUCAUUAUAAGAUAACAGCUGUCAAAUCCAUAUUUACAAAAAUGGCAACCCUGUAAAUGUGAUCCACAGGGAUGCCAACAAAAAAAAGAAGACGCACUUUCAAAAUAUUUCUAGGUUAUGUCUAAUGUUAUUUGUUGUUAUGAAAUAAUUUAAACAUUUUCCUUAUUAAAAACGUUUAGUAAUGAACAAAAUAGGCUUUAUUCGAGUGCAAUUGAGACGUUAUUGUUGUGUUAAAACCCCUAAACCGUUAACGGCGCCGUUAAAAACCUUAAUACCUGAAAAGCCCCACCGGUCCUGUAUAGAUCCCCAAAAACUGCCCCCCAAAACGAAAAUCGAUGCUGACACUAUAGCGUUGCUAGAAAGAUUAUCUCUCGUUGAUUGUGCCAAUAAACAAGGCAUAGACACUUUAGAGGCUGCUAUUGAAUUUGCCGAUCAAAUUCAACAAGUCGAUACCACAGGAGUGGAACCUUUGAUAACUGUUUUAGAAGAUAUACCUCUAAGAUUAAGGGAAGACAAAAUAACUGAUGAAAAUUGCACAAGAGACGCACUAAUUAACGCCUCUUUAACAGAAGAAGAUUAUUUUGUAGCCCCACCAGGAAAUAUUCCUUUAGAAGCCAGAGAAGAUUUACUAUUUGAAAAAGAACAAUAAUAAUGUUCAAUGCUGUUAUUAGUCUCUGCGAAAAGCACGGUUUUUUAAAAAAAAUCAAGUUAGAACAGCUAAAAGUGGGCCCCACUGGCUGUCUUUUAAUGCAAAACUUAAAAAACGAAUGGUUUCACAAUACAGUUACAAACAAAGACAUCAGCGUAUUUCUUUCAGAUAAUAACGAUUUCAGAGAAACUUUGGAGUUUGCCAAAAACAUGUGCCUAGAUAGGUUACCGUUUGGAAUAGCCGAAAUUAUUAACACUAAAUCAAGUGCCCAAGAAUUUUUGGAUUAUUACACUGAGAAAGCAAAAGAUAAUAUUGAUUUCCAAAACUUGUUUGGUAACGAUAGGGUAACAUUGAAAUGCACUAUUUUUACAGCUCCUAGUGAGUCGAUUCCUUUUUUUCAUCAAUGGCAAAGACAUAGGAGAAUUUGGUGGAGAAAGUUUUCACCAAAUCCGGGCAUUUACAGUUUAUCCGACAUAAAAACCGAUAAUAACAACAUACAAAGUGUCCAAAUAAUGGCAAAUUAUCCGUGGGGAUCGCAACUUAUCGAGAGCCUCGCUUUAUAUCCCAAACCCAAAGGAAUCAUAGAUCACAAGUUCAAAUUUGGCAAAAAAUCCCUAAGUCCUCACACUGUAGUCAGCAACAUUGACAUGUCUUCAAUGUUUAUAAACACCCUCUGCGACGCUUACGCUGAGCCUGAAUAUAAAGACACCAAACGGACCUUGUUGAGGUUCCACAGAAAAUUGGCUCCUUAUAGUAUAAGUUUCUCGAUAGCUUCCGGACUACCGGCAGGUGUUUCAACUGAAUUAAACGAUUUAGCUUUAUAUUUAACUAGGCAACUAAGAACUAAACAUGUUUCAACUUUAUUUUUACCAAGCAGCUCAAAAUUAAGCUUGGACGCUCAAUGGAGGCAAUAUGAUGAACUAGGAAUACCUUAUGGGGUUUUAUUGAAUGAGAAAACUUUAAAAGAUGGGCUAGUGUUGCUUCGCAGCAGAGAUACAACAUUAAAGGAACAAGUACAUGUGACUGAUUUGGUAUCUUAUGUGGAACAAUUGUUUAAAAAUUAUUAAUAAAAGUUGAUUCUAUCCUAUGACUGUUUUUAUCAAUUCCUCUGUCACUUUCCACAAUUGCUUUGGCAAAUUUGGAUCUUGGGCUAUUUUGUAUCUGCUCACGUAAUGACAGUCUUCGAAAUGUUCUCCAGAGUAGUUUUCGAUGCCUUUUUGGAGGCUGCAGUAGAUGGUUGUCUGUGCACCUUCCAGGGAAUUCUAAAAAUGUUUUGUUAUGUUCUCAGAUUUAUUCUAUUCAAUAAUAGACAAACAUUCAGACAGAAACAUUUAAGGCAAAUUGAGAAAAAAUUGCUAGACAACUGCCAUCUUUCAGGGAUAGAUACAUUUGAAUUCAUAUUUCAUAUGUCAUUGCAAAGGUUUAAAAAUGUUGUAUCAUGAUAAUAAAGUAAUAAUUAGUCACCUUCAUAAACCACCCCAAAACAGUUGUGAUAAUUCUUGCAACUGCAGGUAUUGUUCUGAAUGCUUCAGUUGCCACUGCACCAGGAUGAACAGAAUAUGUGGUUACACUAGUGCCUUUUAGUCUAUCGGCUAAUUCUAUGGUAAAUAAUAAGUUGCAGAGUUUACUUCUACAAUAAACUUCGAAAUGGUGACCACUGGCUUCGUAUUUGUUUAGUUGGUUAACAUCAAAGUCUUCGGUGAAUUUUGCUGCAAUCGAACCAACGUUUACAAUGCGUGAAUUUUUAGUUUUUUUCAUUAAAUCUAAAACAGAGUAUAUAAUUUAAUUUUAAAGGCCUAUAGCUCAAUGGUUAUUACCUAACAAUAAGUUAGUAAGUAAAAAGUGUCCAAAAUAAUUAGUUUGCAUUAUCAGCAAAAACCCAUUGUCAGCUUUCAAAUAUCCUCUAAAACCCAUUCCGGCAUUGUUAACUAAAAUGUCCAAUCUUGCUUCGGUUUUGUUAAUAUCCUUGGCAAACUCAAUCACAGAUUCAAAUGUUGACAGAUCCAGAUGUUUGAAGAUAACGUUCUGGUUGUUUGUGGCUUUGACAAUUUUUUCCACUGCUUUUUGGCCUCUUGUUGGGUCUCUGCAGGCCAAUAUUACUCUGGCGCCUCGUUUAGCCAAGUCUUUAGCUGUUUCAUAACCAAUUCCUUGAAAAUUCUAGUGUUAAAGUUAAUAAACAUAAAAAAAAU